GGACUCGUGAUUUCUUUUAAAGGAGCAUUACUGACUUCAACAGGUUGUUGAAUAUGUUGAAGAAUAUCACAAGUCGAUUAUAACUUUGGUUUGUUGAAAUAAUGGUUAUAUUUCAAAGGUGUGCGCUGAAAAACCUUAUCCUGCCGAGUCCUUACUGUCGGGGUUGGGGAGUUCUACCAGCGAGUAAAAGUUAUAUCACUGAGUUCGCAUUUUUUCUCCUCCUUGGGCAUCGAUGCACUGGAUACAGUACCAUAUCAGAAACGUGGCUCACUGGAGAGACGCUAUCCGAGGCGGUGCAGCCAACGGGUUUCUCCACGCAUCGCGCAGACAGAAACAAACAUCUUUCUGGGAUCCCUGGUGUGAGAGAACGUACUCUUAUUGCAGUGAAACCAGAUGGGGUCCAGCGCCGCCUUGUGGGACAGAUAAUGCAACGCUUUGAGCAGAGAGGCUUCAAACUGGUGGGCAUGAAGAUGCUGCAGGCAUCAGAGGAGCUGCUCUCUCAGCACUACCAGGAGUUAAGGAGGAAGCCCUUUUACCCCAGUCUCCUGUACUACAUGACCUCUGGUCCCAUAGUUGUUAUGGUGUGGGAGGGUCAUAAUGUGGUCCGGACAUCACGGAUCAUGGUAGGAGACACCAACCCAUCUGAGGCCCAAGCAGGCACUGUCCGGGGGGAUUUCAGCAUUCACAUCAGCAGAAAUGUGGUCCAUGCCAGUGAUUCAGUAGAGGGGGCUCAGAGGGAGAUCCAGCUGUGGUUUCAUCGAAAGGAACUGAUGGAUUGGGACUGCUAUGACCACAAUAGCACCUACCAGCUUUGAGAACGAGAUGGAAGGCAGAGAUUGAAAGAGAGUGUGAACAAGGUAGAAUGACCAUCAGGAACAGUGGCCCCAUACCUAACUCUGUCCUGCUUGCAAUACUCAGCCUUCUCCAUCGUGGCAGGCUCCAAUAACCAAGAGCCCCUCGCCUACUCUUAUACAGUAAUGUAUCGUCAUCACCAUUCGUUUUUGGAUUUAAGAUCAAAUGAUCCAUAUGACACAUCAUUAGUUUAUUUGAGGCUGAUUUAAUGAAUAUCCAUUUGACCAUUUAGACAGUGCUUUUAUGUAUUUAGUCCCUCCAUUUGAAGAAAUCAUAAGUAUUUGGUGCCAUAUCGCUUGGACCUAAUGACUUCAAGUUUGCAACUCUACAAAUUCAUUGGCUGCAUUUGCAAUUCAUUUUAUGGGAUGUGAUCUAAUAGUAACUAAAUGGUGUCUGGAAUCUUUUUCUUUCUAAAUGAGCGGAGAUGUUUCUGAACCCAUCCAAAUUGUCACACCCUGAUCUGUUUCACCUGUCUUUGUGCUUGUCUCCACCCCCCAAGUGUCUCCCCUCAUUAUCCCCUGUGUAUUUAUACCUGUGUUCUGUUGCCAGUUCGUUUUGUUCGUCAAGCCUAACAGCGUUUUCACCCUUGCUCCUGUCUUUUCUAAAGUUCCUGUUUUCUGGUUUUGACCAUUCUGCCUGCCCAGACCCGGAGCCUGCCCGCUGUCCUGUACCUUGUCCCACCACACUAGAUUAUUGACCUCUGCCUGCCCUGAGACUACAUGCCGUUCUGUACCUUUUGAAUUCUGAUCUGGAUUACUGACCUCUGUCUGCCCUUGACCUGUCAUUUUGCCUGCCCUCUGUUCUAGAAAUAAACUUUUGUCACUUCGA